UUACUAAAUUACUGGUAAAUAAUCUUGUUCACAUUUUCAAUUAUAUAGUUGUAAUUGACUGCAGACAUGAAUGCGCUGGUCGUAAGGGAAAGGACACCGUAUAUUGCGUUUGCAAUGCAACAUACUGCGAUGACCUAGAUCCUAUUACCAAACAACCGGCUGGCAAUGUCCUGUCUUAUAGGAGCAGUCAAAGUGGGGACAGAUUUAAAGAAUCGCAACUAAAGUUUACCAAACAAAGUGACCAUGAUAAUGCUGAUCGUAUCACACUGACCCUGGACAAAAGCAAAAAGUUCCAGAAAAUAUUUGGUAUAGGUGCCGCGUUUACCGAUGCAGCUGCUAUUAAUAUUGGUAGUUUGCCCAAGGACAUGUCCGAUAGAGUUAUCAAGGACUAUUUCUCAGCAUCUGGUAUUGGGUUCAGUAUGGCUCGCAUACCUAUAGCCGGAUGCGAUUUCUCAACUCAUGAGUACACAUACGAUGAUACAAAGGAUGACUAUUCCCUUGCACAUUUUACUAUGCCUGAUGAGGAAAUUAAAUAUAAGAUCCCGCAAAUUAACCUAGCUAAACAGGUGGCUCAACAUGGUCUUAAACUUUAUGGAAGUCCCUGGAAUACACCGCAUUGGCUCAAUGACAAACAGUUAUUGAAAACUCAACCAGACAAACAAUACGAAACAUGGGCUAAUUACUUUGUCAAAUUCCUGGAUGAGUACAAAAAGCAUGGCAUUGAGUUAUGGGGACUGACCAUGCAAAAUGAGCCAAUGUCAUUUAGUUCAAUGAAUUUUGUAAACGCUUCCAUUGAACGUGAUUUUGUGAAAAAACACCUUGGUCCUGCAUUGACAAAGGCUGGAUAUACAAAAGACAAAAUGAACUUGAUGGUCUACGAUGAUGGCAGUACUGACAACCCUAUGAUUCAAUACGUGGACACCUGUCUCAGUGACAAGGAUGCAGCUAAAUAUGUCACUGGAAUUGCGUUCCACUGUUACCUGGCUAAUAGGUACGCGGCAGUUGACGAGCUGCACAAGAAAUACCCUGAUAUUUUUACAAUGAUGACUGAAUGUUGUCAAAACUUUCGCUUAAAUACCAACCCCUUCACACCGUCCACUCUGGGCGACUGGGAUCAGGCCAGGGAUUAUACGGAACAAAUUAUUGAUACUUUUCGUCAUUGGGUGAGUGGUUGGGUGGAGUGGAAUUUGGCCCUGGACAUAUAUGGUCACCCUAAUAAGGAUUUGAAAGCAGGGGACGCACCCCUGCUCAUUGAUGCUAAGAACAAGGAAUAUCUCAAAAAUCCCAACUUUUAUGCCAUUGGACAUUUUAGCAAGUUUAUAGCACCCGAUUCAGUUAGGGUUGAGUUGACUGAAAGCAAGUCUCCGCCAUAUUUCAAGUCAAUUGCCUUUGAAAGGCCCGAUAAUUCAAUAGUGGUUGUGGUGUCUAAUAUGGGCACCACUGAUCGUAAGGGAAAGGACAGCGUAUACUGCGUUUGCAACGCAACCUAUUGCGAUGACCUAGAUCCUAUUACCAAACAACCCGCUGGUAAUAUUUUGUCCUAUCAGACGAGUCAAAGUGGGGACCGAUUCAAAGAAUCACAGUUAAAGUUUACCAAACAAAUUGACCAUGAUAACGCUGAUCGGGUGGUAUUGACCCUGGACAAAAGCAAA